AUGCCGUCGGGAUGCCUGCGCAGGGCAGGGGGGGGUCUCGCUGCCCUUGGUCUGGGUGGGAGCUGGGAAGGUCUCCUGCGGCACAGGGGGCCGGUGAAGAGCCGAAUGGCCGUGCCAAGCGCCCAGCGUGUCACCCCGCACAACUCUGUUAUUUGCAAGUCGCGGAUCAGUCCAUCCAGAAACAACCCUCCCUCCCUCGGCGAGGUUCCAAAGCUCUCCCAAAACCAGGCUAACCCCCGGUCUCCUGGCCCUUUCAGAGUCGAGCAUCCCGCUGGAGGCUACAAGAAGCUCUUUGAGACCGUGGAGGAGCUGUCCUCUCCGGUGACCGCCCAUGUCACAGGCAGGAUUCCCACCUGGCUGCGAGGAAGCCUCCUGAGAUGUGGCCCCGGCUUGUUCGAGGUGGGUGCAGAGCCCUUCUAUCACCUCUUUGACGGCCAGGCGCUCCUCCACAAGUUUGACUUCAAGGAGGGGCACGUUACCUAUCACCGAAGGUUUGUCAGGACUGAUGCUUACGUGAGAGCGAUGACCGAGAAAAGGAUCGUGAUAACGGAAUUUGGCACCUAUGCGUACCCAGAUCCGUGCAAGAACAUCUUUUCCAGGUUUUUCUCGUACUUCAAAGGUGUUGAGGUCACUGAUAACGCCCUCGUUAACGUCUACCCCGUCGGCGAAGAUUAUUAUGCCUGCACUGAGACCAACUUUAUAACCAAAAUUAACCCCGAUACAUUAGAGACCAUCAAGCAGGUGGAUCUCUGUAAAUACGUGUCCGUCAACGGGGCAACGGCCCAUCCCCACGUUGAAAACGACGGGACGGUUUACAACAUUGGCAAUUGCUUUGGAAAAAACUUUGCGCUCGCCUAUAACAUCAUUCGGAUUCCUCCACUUCAGGCAGACAAGGAAGACCCGAUGAACAAGUCGGAGGUGGUGGUGCAGUUCCCUUGCAGCGACAGGUUUAAGCCCUCUUACGUGCACAGCUUUGGGCUGACCUCGAACUACAUCGUGUUUGUCGAAACGCCAGUGAAAAUCAACCUCCUCAAGUUCCUCUCCUCCUGGAGCCUUUGGGGAGCCAACUACAUGGACUGCUUCGAGUCCAACGAAACCAUGGGGGUCUGGCUUCACGUGGCAGAGAAAAAGAAAGGCAGGCUCCUCAACAUCAAAUUCCGCACCUCGGCCUUCAACCUGUUCCACCACAUUAACACCUAUGAGGAUAACGGGUUUCUCAUCGUCGACCUCUGCACCUGGAAGGGGUGA